AUGGCAUCUUUGCUAGGGAAUUCUUCCCCCGUCACCAGCUUCCAGGCUCAGCAACAAUGCGACAGUGAGAUCGGCUGGACUACGAUCAGUGAGCGUAUACCGCCGGGGUUUAGUGGCAACAGUGACACCUUUGUAACUGUUGUUGCGUCCUUGGAUCGUCCGCCAGGUUCCACCUGCGAGUUUCGAGUUGCUGCGACGAAUGCCAACGGCCAAGGACCUUUCAGUUUGCCUUCAGCCAAAUUCACAACAUUGCAAACAGCUCCGGGUGCUGUGGCGAACUUACGGGUAGCUCGAGACCCGCUUACUGUGGUCUGGAACACACCUGAGGUGCUGGGCGGUCAUGCACUGGAAGAGCUAACCUACGAUGUGGAAUACCGCACAACUCUCGGCUCGACGUGGACGCGAUUGCCAGCUGAGCUGGUGGACUGCAGCAGUCGACUCGCCAACAUCUCAAUGACGUCGCUGAAAGGAUACACCACGUACGUCACGCGCGUCAGAGCGGUGGCUGAACGGCAAGCUGGUAGCUUCUCCCAGUCCGCAGAGUUCCUGACAGAUUACACGGUUGAAGACGACUCGAACAGCGACAACGUCAAGGAUUUAACCCUUGGAACACGCCAAGUGGUGAUCGCUGCAGCUCGUCAGCAAUGCGCUAACACACAGGACUGGUACUACGUCCAGUUGACUGGGAACGGCGGCAGUGGCGGCUCUACCAGUGGCGAUGAAGCCAAACCUGGCGAGCACGGAGCUGUUCUUGUCUUUCCAGUCACGUGGUCGGGCGAAAGACUGGCGGAACAUUCCUUCUUCUACACGGGAAGUGUCCAGACCUAUCGAGUUCCAAUUGACCAGUCUGCUCCUCAUCUUGCGCAUCGAAUUGUUGCUCUUGAUGUCUACGCCUGGGGCGCUGGGAGAGCUGGUGCGAGGUCGUCAAACGGAGCUUCAAGCGACUUGAGUAACGGCGGAGGAGGCGCCUUUGCACGUGGAGUUUUCCGUGUCAGUGCCGGUGAUGCUGUGGACAUUUUAGUUGGCGGUGGAGGCCUUCAAGACGGUCGGGGUGGGUUCAACGGCGGUGGAAACGGCGGCACAGGCGAUUUCCCAGGCGGCGGGGGCGGUGGCGCGUCUGAAGUGCGCGUGAAUGGACGAACAGCCGUCGUAGCUGCUGGAGGUGGCGGUGCGGGCUCGACGGAUUACUGUUGUGCCCAUGGAGGAGGCGGCGGUGGCUUGGAUGAAGCAGAGUCUGGUCUUGCACCGGAUGCGACAACGAUCCCACUCGACUCACGUGUGACUGGACAAGCAGCUAGAGACGAAUAUCAUUCCUCGAAUGUACCGGGAGACACGAGAGACUUCGAGGGACUCUCAGCGAGACAUGGACACCUCGACUGGGGCUUUGCUGCGAGUAGUGCAGACUACUCCGUUCUAGCAACUGGAGGCACAGGCGCCACGCCAACAACGGCAGGUGUGGCGGGGGCUGCAGGUUCCUAUCGCUAUUCUCUUGAAGGCACGUGUCUGUUGAACCCGCAGACAUCUCUGGUGGACGUCGCCGUGUCUCCGUUGACAGCAUCGCAUUGGCCUUCGAAUGGUCGAAAUGGAAGUGGCGGAAGUGGACAGAGUGGCAAACAAGCGGUGACUCCACUGACAUCCUCGAGCGUCAAAGUGAGCUGGAAAGCUCCUCGUUUUGGCUUCUCCCAGCUCGUGGAAGGAUUCGUGAUCGAGAUGGCCAAUCGCUCCGUCAAUGAGGACUUUCGUCUUGUACGUUUGGUCACUCUUCCGGCCACCGAUGUCACGGAGAAGAGCGGUACUCUCACCCUCCACGGUCUUACGCCGACGGCUGCGUACCGCUUUCGAGUGAAAGCUUUGCUGCUCGAUGGACGUGGCACUUUCAGUGAUGUCGUUACGCGGCGUAUGCCUACGAAGCCGAGGAAUACGUGGAAACGUUGCGUCACUCGAACUGUAGACGAGGAGAACACGAGAGCAGGAAUGCGCGUCACCAACACUCCUCCCUUGCAGCGAUUUCCGUCUGCUAGACGAGGACAUUCCCUCACAUUGCUGGACAAUUUUCUGUACAUCUUUGGAGGAAUGGCGAAGAGCUACGAGUGCAGCCGAUCACACAAAGUGCCGUGUUUAUUACAGCCGAGUCCACGAUCAGUGUCCAACGAUUUCUGGCGAUAUGAUCUGCGCACGGAGACGUGGUGGUCUGUGCCUCCGCCAGCGUUGGUACCUUCUCCAAGAGAGAAACACUCGAUGGCAGUGGUGAAUGACCGCUUGAUUCUGUUCGGAGGACGGCAGAACGACGUGUCGGACGCAAAUGACGCCUCGACGUGGGGACCUCGAGCCCUGAAUGAUCUGUGGGAGCUGUCAGUCUCCUCCAGUACAGCGAAACAGACGUCAGUGUCGCUGGAUUCUCGUCAGCCAUCGGCUUUGUCUAUUCCGGAUGGAGGACAAGUCUUUGCGCUUGGGAGGAAGAGUGGUAGUGCUGGUGGAGAGCAACUCUGCGUUGUCAACGUGUCUGUGAGUGUGCAGAUAACACACGCGUGUCCGCACACACUUGGCUUGCAGGUGUUUGGCCCCGGACCUGCAACGUUUCCAGGUCGACAGCAGAGUGCUCACUUUCCUGUUGAUUCACAAGCUCGAGAGACGACGUGGAGCGAUAGUCAAGGACUGAGGAGCCUACAAGGAGACAAGAGAGCGACUGGCACUGCGCCGAAUGCCAGAGCGUUCCCUGUGUUGCUACGUAGUCCCGACGAAGCUGCAGAUAAGAGUGAAUGCGUCCCAAGAACGGAGAAACUGCAGUUCGUGUCGACGUCUAGUCUCGAAGCGCUCUCGGUCUUCCAUCAGCUGCCUGUUGCCGGGAACUGGACGCUUGAGUUGACUGACACUGCAGCGGACGGCUUUGUCGGGACCCUGGACUCGUGGGACGUCACUUUCGACGUUGCGCCUUGCGUUCCUGCCUUCACGUGGACGAAUCUGUCGUCCAUAGCAACGGGAACGGCCCCGACCGCGCGGUUCCAGCACUCGGUUGUCGUAGUCGGGAGCAGUAUGUUCAUCUUCGGAGGCACAGCGGGAGGUACUGGCUCGGAGCUGAGCGACUUGUAUCGACUGGAUUAUACCCGCAGUGUGGCGCUCGGUGUCGCGCCAACUGCUCGAUGGACGCAACUUGCGUCUCUGACCGACAGAGAGAGCCCCAGUAUCGCUGAGAGGAGAGUUCAUGCAGGACGGGCAACGUUGCUGACUCCGUUUGAGUUGAUGGCUGUCGGGCGUGGACUCAAGUCUCCUCGACGAGCGUCUCUCGGGUCCAGGACGGCGAUGGCAGCUUCUCGCCUCGAGUCGCAACUGGACGUUCGUUUGAAGCGUCUCGAAGAUCUGAUCGACGGAUGGAGAGCUGUCGCUACUGCAUCUGGAGAGGAUGAGAGCGCUCUUGACGAACAGCGUCCUGUGCCUCGGUACUGGGCUGCUAGCGCCUUUGUUUCCUCACUGCCAGGUAGUAAGGUGCCGCGUGUAUUCCUGUUCGGCGGCCAAGAUGACACGACGCUGCUGGACGAUCUCUGGAGUCUGGAACUGGCUCAGCUAGAUGAGGAUUUCCCUCAAGAUCGUCGAAAGAGUCAACGGAUCAGAGCAUGUGCGUGGAGACAAGAGAACUCGGCGUACAGGACACAAUGGGCAUCGUCUUGUGGGGCAAGCAAUACGGCAGCUGCAGUAGAUAAAUGCACACUGGAGAUGCUGCUGUUGUACGCAUGGUGCGACGAGUAUUACCAGUCGAUUGGAUUAUAA